AUGUUGACGAUUACAGCGUUAUGCAUGAUCAUCGCAUUCUUCUUGGUGUAUCCUAUUAUUCUGCUCAUGGAGUCAAGUACAGUGCUAUGUGAUCUGAUCAAUAAACCUGUCGCAAAGCAUACUGUUCGGAAAUGGGAGUCUGUACUCCGAGCCUUUGUCUUUACGCCCCUCGUCAUCGCUGGACUAGUGGCGGGAAUCAUCGCAAUGGGCUCAUCGGAUCAUUUCAGAACUGAACACGGGGUCAUUGGGCUCGUCACUGUAGUGUUUGCAGGCUUCGCAUCGCUACUGUACUUCUUCGACUUCUUCUUUGGCUCAAGAAUGGCUCGAACAAUCAUGGGGAUGCGCUGGCGUCAAAAUCUCAAAUACUUCGACAUGUUCGUCUGCCAAGUCAUCCUCAUGCUCUCCGGCUUCGUCCUAACCGACGGUUUCGACGAUCUCUCCGUCAUGGGCCUAUGCUACAUCCAGAUCUCGCUCGCAUGGGCAGUAUCUAUCGGCAUGAUAGCAGCGUUUGUCUGGAACAGUGCCAUGGUCUUGAUGACAGCUCAGUGGUUUCUGGUCCGUCGAGCACGACCCAACGGAGGCGUCGCCAACACCAACAACAGAAUGUGGAGGCUCGUGCGCUUCCGCCGUCGUCGUCGCGAACCAUCACCAGAGCCUACUACGCAAGCAUACGAAAUGGGCUCGUCAUCAGAAACGUCUGAAACUUGCGGUCGGGGAACGGACUGA